AUGACGGCAGAGCUCUGGAAGCGCAGGUCGGUCUUGACCGCUGAGAUCCUGGAGUUGGCUGGAAACGCUGCCCGCGACAACAAGAAGACCAGGAUCAUCCCCCGCCACCUGCAGCUGGCUGUCCGCAACGACGAGGAGCUCAACAAGCUGCUGGGCGGAGUCACCAUCGCCCAGGGCGGCGUCCUGCCCAACAUCCAGGCGGUGCUGCUGCCCAAGAAGACGGAGAAACCCGCCGGCAAAGCGAAGUAGACCUGGAUCAGCUGUGAUCCACAAAAACGGCUCUUUUAAGAGCCAC